CACACAAGUCUAGAAACUGGCUCAGGCUUAACGUUCCAUUUUGAAUUGUGAUUUUGAAAUCAGAACUUAAAAAUUUCUGUCACCGAAGCAAAACGGUCAGCCAUGGCUAUGGUUGUAGAUAUAGAUGCGAAAGGGACGUUAGGGUUUCCGUACUGGACACCAGUCCGUCGACGUUUUGAUCCCGAUUCUCCCUUCUUUGAUUACGGCAACAUCGAGAGAGAGCUCAUCGCUAAACAGAUUGCAUUGGAUUUAACUGAAGAUGAAAAGCAUCGGUUGCAGAAUUUGGUGGAUGACGAUGACAGGGAGGUUUUUUGUCCCAUUGUUGGAUGCGGCGCACGCUUGACAUCUUUGGAAGACUUUGAAGACCAUUACAAUGCACGACACACUGCAUCUUGUUCAGUGUGCUCAAGAGUUUACCCAACGUCGCGCUUGCUUAACAUACAUGUAUCUGAAGCACAUGAUUCAUUUUUUCAGGCAAAAGUUGCACGUGGAUAUGCCAUGUAUGAAUGCCUGGUGGAAGGUUGUGGUUUGAAAUUCAAGAACUACAAAAGCAGGCAACAGCAUUUGGUGGACAAGCAUAAAUUCCCAAGUACAUUUGAAUUCUUUAAGAAGACCCACCCAUCCAAGAAAGCAAGACAGAAGCACCAGCGUAAACAGGCUGUUCAAAAGAGAGAAGAGACUUCAAGUAAAAUGGAAGUAGAAGGUGAAACUAUUGAUGGCCUUGUAUCAGCAGUAUCUAGAUUAACCACUUCAGAUUCAACUCCUUCUUCUAUCAGCUUUGGUCGCCGCAAUACUCACGGGCUCACAUUUGUCCCUCGAGCUAUUCGGCAAGAAAGCAGUGCACAAUCUGGAACAAAGAGAUAGCCAUCUACCUUGUAAAUAACUUGCCUCCUUCGACCAAUAGUAGCAAUGGCUUCUUCAAGCAACAAUGAAAGGCUACAUGAUGGGAGCAAUAGGAGACGACAAAUGCUAUGUAGAAGACGUGUGUUUUCACAAAAUCAUCCACUUGAAUUUACAUCAGAAGUUGACUUGGUGGAGGCAAAUUGGCUGCCUAUGUUUGUCUUAACCUCUAAGUUUUUGUGCUUUUUCCUUAUUAUUUUUAUUGAAUUUAAUACCUGAGGAUUAUUUGUACUUGUGGAGUUGAAAUGGAUAUGUAUUCUUUGAGGAAUAAAAGUACUUGGAUUGUUGUUCGUGAUA